AUGUCUUUUCUCACUUGGAGAGCCAUUCAAGACAGACUAUCCAUUGAUAGCAAAGUUGCUAGUCUUGGAAUUUCCAUAGAGCCUGGGUGCUAUUGUUGUGAGGGGGAUAUCACUGGCAAUACUCGUGAAAACAUUGAUCACUUGUUUGCCUAUGGAGGCCUCGCAAAGAAAAUUUGGAGCUUCUUUGUGGGUCCAUUGAGUAUCAAUUACAGGAACAUUUCCUUCAAGCUUAUUCUUUUGAACUCGUGGAACCUUAAGACCUCUAAUCCUAUAGCUGCUUUUGUAUCGAAGAUCAUCCCUCCUAUCAUUUGCUGGGAGAUUUGGAAAUCCAGAUGCAGCAGUAAACAUGAGGCAAUUAAGCCUACUAUAUAUGUCACAAAAUCUAACAUACUUUUUUCUACUCUGCAGAUCACAAGGAAUAAAUUCACAAAGGCAAGGAUUGGAAAUUCAUGGAGUAGCUUAUGUAGAGCCAUGGAGAAUGCAGUCAACCAAAAAUCAGCAAUCAGUGUUAGAUGGAUAAAACCUCCCUCCAUGAUGGCAAAACUGAACAGUGACGGAAGCAGCAAGGAUGGGCAGUGUGGAGGAGGGGGACUCAUAAGGGACAACCAAGGAAACUUCAUUUUUGCCUAUAGCUUUAAUCUGGGGCAGGGUACUAGCAACAUGGCUGAAGCUUCAGCUUUAUUAUAUGGCCUGAAAUGGUGUGCAAACAAUGGAAUCAAUUUAGUAUGGGGAGAGACUGAUUCCCUUCUACUCGUCAAAUGCAUUAAAAGAGAGUGGAAACCACCAUGGAAGAUUGCAAAAGAGAUUCAACAAAUUCAGAAUCUAGUUGAAGAAAAUGGAUUCAACAUCAGCCACUGGUUUAGAGAAGCCAACAAACCUGCAGAUAAGUUAGCUUCCUUCAGUCACAGUACUAAUGGAAUCCAAGUCUUCAACUCCUUCUCUGUGGUUCCCAGAUCAGUUAGAGGGCUAAUCAACUUGGACAAAUGGAACCUGCCUAGUUUCAGAAUCAGACCUGUCAAACCAUCCCUACUGGUGUAUGACCCACCUUGA